CCCGAGGGAGAGCAGCCACAGUGUACGCCCAGCGGGAGGCACUUUGCAUCUGUGACUUGAAGAUUUCUUCCUUCAAGAGUGGUCCUCCUCGGAUGAGACUGUCUACACUGCGCAGCAUGCUUCGCUGUCAUCAACAAUAAAUCAAUUGACUCUUUUUAAUGAGAUCUGGAAUGGGUCUCACAAAAGGCCGAAAUCAUUUGAAGUUGAAAGAACUGAAUGUGACAAAUAGUCAGACGGUGGGAUAAGAGCAGAAAAUCAUCGGGAAGAAUAUUCUUUGUCCACACAAAAGAAAACAACCUAUAUCUAAGAAUGGUUUCAGCAAGAGAGUAGCGGUGAAACUUAGACCGUUUCACUCUUGUAAAAUUCUGCGGAGCUGGGCUUGCCAGACGCACUGUCAACGCUGAUUCGAUUGGUAGAUGCGCGCGAGUCUCCGGAGCGAUGACUGACUCUGGAGCUGCCAGAAAAAUGACCAGAGCAAAGUUGGUCAUUCUUGGACGUGACAACUGCGGGAAAACUGCACUGUGUGUCAGAUUCAUCACCAAGCGGUUCAUUGGAGAAUACGACCAUAAAAAGGAGGUGACAUAUGGAUGCAGGAAAGUGGUUGAUAAAGAAGCUAUUGAUCUAGAAAUAUUAGAUACAGUAAACAAGGAGUGUGUGGGUCCAGCUGCAACCUCAUUGGAAAGCUCCAUUAAAUGGGGAGACGGAUUUCUUAUCAUGUAUUCUGUCACGGACCGCAGCAGCUUUGAAUAUGUAUCACGUCUGAAAAGGCUCAUUGACCAUGUCAAACAGACUCUUGGUAUCCCCACAGUGAUUGUUGCUAACAAGUGUGACAUAGAAAAUGGACGGGUAGUGCGGAAAGAAGAAGGGCAGGCUUUGGCUGCUGAUCUGAGGUGCAGCUUCUUUGAGUUGUCUGUAGCAGAAAGCAGUGCUUCUGUGGAGACUGCUGUGAGUCAGCUGAUUCGAGAGGUUCGCGUGGAGUUCAGCAAACAUCUACUUGCCCUGGAUAAAUGUUCACGUAUGCUGCAGAUGAGGCAUGCACUCAAGAAUAAGCUCACACGCAGUAAGACCAUGCAGUGGUGACUCUUGCGGACUCAAGAUGAAGAAAUGUCACCUUUCAUCUGUGUGGAAGAGCAUAGAGAAUGAGGAAUGUUCGAAUGGCGUGAAGGUCUCUUUGGAGAGCAUGAUCAAGUUUUCAGGGGGCAUUACUGACCAACAUGCAUUCAGUCUACGAUUGUGAUGUGGGCAGAUGUGGAUGAGGUGAAAUCAUUAUUACAGAAUAUCUAACUCUGCAGCAGAAGAAUACUCCAGUCUAUGGCAGAGCAAAUGCAUUCAAACUAGAACAUUUUCUCUUCUAGUCAGUAGAUGGUAAACUGUAAAAAGUAAUUUUUUGGGUUACAAUGAGUAGGUACAAAUGAUAUAAACAUAUGUUUAAGUUUCAAUUGCUUUUGAGCUGAAGUCUGUAAGUUAUAUGGUUUUUGUUUCUGUUAGAAGAUAACAUUAAUUACAAAUAAAUAUAUCUUUAAACAUAGAAUAGGAUUACAUAAUUAGCAUAAAUUAUCUUAAACAUCAUAGUGUUUGGAAUUUUCAUGUUUCACAUGUUAUAUGCUAUGUUAU